UACUCAGAACAACCCUCUCUCUCCAGCAGAGAGUGUCACCUCCUGCUUUAGAUCAUCAAGCUCUGCUAACUGGACCUCACCCUGCCUGCAGGGUUACACUGCAAAGCUUUCACCCUUCCGCACCUUGUCUGGGGGUACAUUUCUUCUGCGGAAUCUCAGAAAAUCAAAUUCCAUCCUAAGAAUAUUUCACCAAGAAUUUCCUUAGGAGCUGUGCUGGGGUCCUAUGAUGAUACACCAGCCACUUGUGCUACCACCUGUCAAAACUAUGGAUGGCCCUACCUUCAGGUGCUUGCAAAACGUGCAGAUUCCAAAGUUCUGAAGGUUCUGAUGCAGAGGUUCUGUUGUGGGCCCUAGACAUUCUCACGUGUUCAGCAAGUUCUGGUGGUGAUUCUGAUACAGGUCAUGACCCUGGAUUUAAGAAAUUUUUCAAGACAGUUUUGAGUAUAAUCCAAGAGAAAAAUGUGAUUUGAGUCGGGAGACAAUUGUGAAUAUCAGCUAAUAAUAAAAGCCCAGUGUAGCUGAUUGAAGAGAAAACAUUAUUUGGAAGAUUGCUACAAUAAAAAGAAAAGUUUCUUCCAGUUUGAUUUAUAUUAUAUAACAUAUUUCAUCUUGGCUUUAAUGAUGGAGAAAAAGAGUGUCCUGUAUUUUCUGUUUCUCUUGCCUUUUCUUAUGAUUCUUGUCAUAGCAGAAUCAGAAGAGAACCCUGGUGACUUAAUUCAGUUGGGUGUUACUAGAAAUAAAAUCAUGACGGCUCAAUAUGAAUGUUACCAAAAAAUUAUGCAAGACCCUGUUCAACAAACAGAAGGCAUUUAUUGCAACAGAACCUGGGAUGGAUGGCUGUGCUGGAAUGAUGUUGCUGCCGGAACAGAAUCAAUGCAGCACUGCCCAGAUUACUUUCAGGACUUUGAUCCUUCAGAAAAAGUUACAAAAAUCUGUGAUCAAGAUGGAAACUGGUUUAGACAUCCAGCAAGCAACAGAACAUGGACAAAUUAUACCCAAUGUAAUGUUAACACACAUGAGAAAGUGAAGACUGCACUGAAUUUGUUUUAUCUGACUAUAAUUGGACAUGGAUUAUCUAUUGCAUCACUGCUUAUCUCACUUGGUAUAUUCUUUUAUUUCAAGAGCCUAAGUUGCCAAAGAAUUACCUUGCACAAAAAUUUGUUCUUCUCUUUCGUUUGUAACUCUAUUGUAAUAAUCAUUCAUCUCACUGCAGUGGCCAACAACCAGCCCUUAGUGGCCACAAAUCCUGUUAGCUGUAAAGUGUUCCAAUUCAUUCAUCUUUACCUGAUGGGCUGUAACUACUUUUGGAUGCUUUGUGAAGGCAUUUACCUACACACACUUAUUGUGGUGGCUGUGUUUGCAGAGAAGCAGCACUUGAUGUGGUAUUAUUUUCUUGGCUGGGGAUUUCCACUGAUUCCUGCUUGUAUACAUGCUGUUGCCAGAAGCUUAUAUUACAAUGACAACUGCUGGAUCAGUUCUGAUACCCAUCUCCUCUACAUUAUCCAUGGCCCAAUUUGUGCUGCUUUAUUGGUGAAUCUUUUUUUCCUAUUAAAUAUUGUACGUGUUCUUAUCACCAAGUUAAAAGUUACUCACCAAGCAGAAUCCAAUCUCUACAUGAAAGCUGUGAGAGCUACGCUUAUCCUGGUGCCAUUACUUGGCAUUGAAUUUGUACUGUUUCCAUGGCGACCUGAAGGAAGGAUUGCAGAGGAGGUAUAUGAUUACAUCAUGCACAUCCUCAUGCACUAUCAGGGUCUUUUGGUAUCUACAAUUUUCUGCUUCUUUAAUGGAGAGGUUCAAGCAAUUCUGAGAAGAAACUGGAAUCAAUAUAAAAUCCAAUUUGGAAACAGCUUUUCCCACUCAGAUGCUCUCCGUAGUGCAUCUUACACAGUGUCAACAAUCAGUGAUGGUGCAGGUUACAGUCAUGACUGUCCAACUGAACACUUAAAUGGAAAAAGCAUCCACGAUAUUGAAAACGUUGUCAUAAAACCGGAAAAGUUAUACGACUGAUAAUAGACGUGUAUUGCUGAACUAUUUUGUUCCACUCCUAACUCAAGGACUUGGAUCCAUGACUUUACAACCAGAAGACUUCAAUAUUAAAUGAAUUAUUUGAAGGUGACAAAGAAAACCCUCACAUGAAUUCAGUAGUGUGUUGAUAAAUGUUUCACACUAGCUCCAUGGGGGAAAACAGUCCUGAUUUGUAAGUUUUGCCAGUUUUUAUGGUGUAAGUACUCCCGCCAUGGCUGAUUUCAAGUUACCAACUUGACAUCAGUGAAUGUGGACUUGGGUAAAAAUGAGCACAGUCAGUUGUAGGUUGGUGUGAGCCAGCUCUAGCACACCACUCCAUGAAUCCACAAAUAAAUAGACCAUAAAAGUUCAUAGACACAAUGGGCACAAUUCCACUCCUGUUGCCUAAAGAGACCUAGCUAAGGCCUAUAGACUUGGAAAGAAAAUGAGCUUUUCAUUUGUUUUUAAAAUCUUUAUCCCAUAUUCCUUGGUGAAGUUGAUUUUUUGCCCAGAAAGUAUUCUAGCCCUUUUUGUUUUUAUUUUUUCAAAUGGACCAGAUAAAGAAUUAAUUAUUCCUGUUUGCUUACCCUCUUCUCCUCCCAAAAAAUAAAUGAGCAGAAUUGCUGUUGGCUACUCAUUUGCUGAUUCAUCACAGUUAUACCCCUUGUCAUAUCCAUUUUUCAGGCUUGAUGAAUAGUAUGUAUGAUACGCAAUCCUACUUUGGUAACAUUAGGGAGAAAUCUUGGUUGAUACUACAAAACAUGUAGUUGACUACUUUCCCAUCUUACUACACAAGUGGGAAGGAAUUCGUGUCCAUAUACCUGUAAAUAGAAACUUUGCCCCUUCCAUUUCUACUUUGUGGACAAAUAAGCAAUUAUUUUACAUGAAGGAAAUCAAUGAAGGAUUUCUUAUUUUCUUAAAAGUUUGUAAAAAAAUUGUGAAAAGUAAGCUUGUAAAUACUCUUAUUCUAUUUUAUAGUCUCAAAUAUAUACAAUCUAGGUAAUUUUUUUAAAAACAAAUACUUAAUGUAACAAUGUGUGCAUGUUAAUAUCUGAUACUGUGUCUGGGCUGAUUUUAUAAUAAAAUAGAAUCUGGAAUUCUUAUUUGGUAACUAUUUUAAAGACAACCAGAUGCCAGCAUCAGAAGUUUGAGAACUAAGUUUGAGAAAUAUCUAUGAUAAGAUAUAAAAUAUUUAUUUAAAAAAUCCUCAAGGCCAUUGUUUUAUUGAAUAUAUUAGCUUUGGUGAUUCAUACCUUAAUAAUAGAUAUGUUUGACAUAUUUCCUUUUUUAUUUUGAUGAUGAACUUUCAUUCUAAUCCAGAAAAUUUAAAUGACUCCUAUAAUAAAUGCCAAUCUGCUAUUCUUAUGGUUUUUACCCCGUUAAAAAGAUUACUUUUCUGACUUACUAUAUGAAGCUUUGGAAAUGCUGCAAGGCUAUUUUUUAAAAUUAGAGGAACACAAUAUAUAUCAUAUACAAUGUUUUUAUAUUUUAAUAGAGAUGCUAUAUAUGAUGAUGCAAUAUAGUAAAAGACCUGAAUGUAUCAGUAAGGAAGAAUUGUUGUCAGAACAUUUAUGGAAUAAUUAAAUUAAGAUGGAAGAAAUCCUCGCUAAUGAAUUAAAGUGACAUUUAAAUGGGAUUCAUUUUUCCUAAUGUCAUUUUCCACUGAUUUCUGAAAACCAAAAUGCCUUCAAUUAGUAAGUCAGUUUUGGCAGGAGAAUUCAUUACAUCUAUAUGUUUUUGUUGUUGUUGCUGUGGUGUGUCAAUCUGCUUAAAAUGGAUUAAACUAAUGACUUAGUCAUCAUAGGUUGUUUCUUAAGCUGUCAAUAGAUGGUAAGUUCAGAAGUCAUUUGAAAUUGUCCAGGUAAAUUAUCUAAAUUAGUAAGAAUUCACUUAUUAAAAGGCCUGGUCAGUAGAUUUAUGAUUUAUCUAUACACAUGUAAAAGCUGUAUUGUUAGUUUCAGAUUUACAGAUUUCAAAACAAGCUUUUAUAAAAAGGAACUCAGGCUGUUCUGAACUUUCUAAUGCCUAAAUUAUACAAUAAUUCCUUUAAAUAAUCUCAUAUUUUAGCUAUUUAUUAUUCAAAGACACAGAUUCAAAUCCUUCACUGGCACUGUUCAUAUAUUUCAGCAUUCUUCCAGACAAGCUAUCAAGUCUCAACCAUAAAUGACAGUAGAAAAUGUCAAAUUAUCAACGAGCAUUAUAUUAAAAAUACAUUGUAACUUUCAAGUCUUUUUAUUGUGCUUUUAUCAUAUUAAGUUUAGAUCAGAUUUCCUUUGUGGCCAGGAUUUAUCUAUUGUACCAUCUUUAGGUGAAGACAGUCCAUGAUUAAUCAGUGUUAAUUUUGAACCCAUUUUUUUUUAGAAGUAAUAUUUUUAAAUAUUAGACUUCUCUAAAACUGAAGUACUAAUAAUUAAGAUCUCCUUUGUAUCUUACUCAUAUAAAAAAGUAAAAUCAAUACUGUUUAAAAGCAAACUUCCUUGGUAUCUAAAAACUUAUUUGGGGAAUUUCUAACUUUUAAAAUGCAAAUCUGCUGCUUUUCUGAAAGUAUUUGUGAAAGUCAUUUUAAUUUCUAAACAAUUCUAGUCUGUCAUUUUUUCUUUUUAAUUUCUAAAGUUAUUUAGUGCAUUUAUUCAUAAAAUAUUCAUUCUGGAAUUUAGUGUUUGUUCAAAUGUAAUCCAAUGUACAUAGAAGUAGUGGUAGCUAUAGUGCUGUAUUUAUUGCUUGAUAAUGUUUUUUAAAUGUGAACUUAUCUAAUUUUCUCUUGGUUUUAAUAUGCUAAUAAAAACCAUUUAUUUUAUUUCUAAAACAUACCCAAAAUAUUCUGAUCAAUUAAAAUAACUCAUGUUAUGCUUACUUAGUGUAUAUCUCUAUAUUUUGAUUGUACGAAAAUAUUAAAGUUAUGAGCUAAAGUUGAUUUUCACUCAUGUUUACUGGAGUACUGAAUAAUCUAAAUUACAAAUAUAAUUCUUUACAGCAAUCAGUGUAAUACUUAAAAUCGAUGACUAUAUCACCAUUACCCUCUUUGAAGUCUUCCAUAAACCUGUAAAUCAUUCCAUAAACCUGUUUGUUAAAAUUAUGAAUUCAUCUUGUAAGCUAAAAAAUUCCAAAUAAAGUAUAGUGUAUGCAAAUUCCUUCCUAGGCUAAAUGAAAGGAAAAGAUUCCCAGAAAUAGGAAAAUGCACAAAGAUUUGUCUCCUUUCUCCAUUAUAUUCUACUGUAUAGUUUUGUGUUGAAUAGCAGAAAGAAACAGAAGGAAAAGAACUACUUAAAAAUAUAAUUUUCUCAUUUAAAGUUGUUUUUAGUGUAUUAUAUUGGUAUAGUAUAUUUACAUAUAUUCAAAGAUGUGUAACCAUCUCCACAGCCAAUUUUAUUACAUUUUUAUGACCUCAGGAGGAAACCAUGUAUCCUUAGCUAUCACUCUUCUAUCCUCCCAUCCCUGCUCCCACCCAAGCCCUAAGCAGCACUAACUUACUUUCUGUCUCAAUAGACUUCCCUAUUCUGGACUUUCAUAUGAAUGGAAUCAUAUGGAAUAUGAUCUUUUCUGACUGACUUCUUUUACCUAUAAUGUUUUCACAAGUCCAUAACUUGCUCCAGUUUCAUUCCUUUUUAUGACUAAAUUAUUCCACUGUAUGGAUUUACCACAUUUUGUUUAUCCAUCUGUCUGUUGAUGGACAUCUGUGUUGUUUCCAUCUUUUGGCUAUUAUGAAUAAUGCUGCUAUGAACAUUUGUGUACAAGGUAAUUUUUUUAACAUAUAUUUUAAUUUCACUUGGUUAUAUACCUAGAAGUGGAAAUGUUGGAUCAUAUGUUAAAUACAUCUGAGGACUGCUAGACUGUUUUGCAAAACAGCUGGACCAUUUCACAUUCCCACUAGCAGUGUCUGAGGGUUCUGAUUUCUCCACAUGCUUCCCAACACUUGUUAUUAUGUGUCUUUUGUACUUUAGCCAUCCUAGUGGGUGUGAAGUGGUUUCUUGUGGUUUUAAUUUGUAUUUCUUUGGUGGCUAGUGACGUUGAGCACCUUUUCAUGUUUUUAUCGGCCAUUUGUAUAUUUUUGGAGAAAUGUCUAUUCAAAUCCUUUGUUCAUUUUUAAAUGGAUUGCUUGUAUUUUAUUAUUGAGUUGAAAGAGUUCUCCAUGUAUUCCAGGUACAGGUCCCUUAUCAGAUAUAAAAUUUGCACACAUUUUCUUCCAUUCUGUGGGUUGUCUUGUCACUUUCUUGAUGGUGUCCUUCAUAGCACAACAGUCUAUAAUCUUGAUGAAAUACAAUUUAUCUACUUUUUUCUUUUGUUUCUUAGGCUUUUGGUGUCUUAUCUAAAAAUCCUUUGCCAAAUUGAAGGUCAUGAAGACCUACUCCUACAGUUUCUUCUAAGGAAUUUACAGUUUUUGCUCUUACAUUUAGAUCUUUGGUCCAUUUUGAGUUAAGUUUUGUAUACGGUGUGAGAUAAGGGGCCAAAUCCAUUCUUUUGCAUGUGGCUCUCCAUUUGUCCCAGUAAUACUUGUUGAAAAAAAAUAUUUUCUGCAUUGAAGGAUAUCCUUGUCUUGGUAUCCUGAUCAAAAUCAAUUGACCUUAGAUUUAUGGUUUUAUUUCUGAAAAAUUCUAUUGGUCUCUCUUUGUGUCCAAACCACAUAUCUUGAUUACUUUGCUUUGUAGUAAGUCUUGAAAUCAGGUAGUGUGAGUUGUUCUGUUUUAUUCUUAUUUUUCACAGUUUUUUGGGCCAUACUGGGUCUCUUGGAACUCCAUAUGCAUUUUAUUUUUUUAUUUUUUUUAAUUAAUUAAUUUAUUUUUGGCCGUGUUGGGUCUUUGUUGCUGCACACGGGCUUUCUCUAGCUGUGGUGAGCGGAGGCUACUCUUUGUUGUGGUGCAUGGGCGACUCAUUGCAGUGGCUUCUCUUGUUGUGGAGCACGGGUUCUACGCACGCAGGCUUCAGUAGUUGUGGCAUGUGGGCUCAGUAGUUGUGGCUCACGGGCUCUAGAGUGCAGGCUCAGUAGUUGUGGUGCAUGGGCUUAGUUGCUCCGUGGCUUGUGGGGUCUUCCCGGACCAGGGCUCGAACCCGUGUCCACUGCAUUGGCAGGCCAAUUCUUAACCACUGCGCCACCAGGAAAGUCCUUCCAUAUGCAUUUUAGACUGAGCUUGUCAAUUUGUACAAAGAAGCCUGCUGGAAUUCUGAUAGGGAUUACAUUGAACCUGUCGAUAAUUGGGAGAGUAUUGCCAUCUUAAUGUUAAAUCUGCUGAUUCAUGAACAUUAGAUGACUUUACAUUUACUUAAAUCUUUAAUUGCUUUCAAUAAUUUUUCUAGUUUUCAGAGUAUAAGUUUUGCAUUUCAUUUGUUAAACUUAUUUCUAAGCAUUUUAUUCUUUCUGAUGCUAUCAUGAAUGGCAUUGUUUUGUUUUAUGUUUGGAUUGCUUAUUGCAAGUGUAUAGAAAUAAAAUUAACUUUUGUGUA